GCGGGGCGCUGGCGGCAGCCCCGUGCGUGGAGAGGCCGCAUGAUGCAAGGCGGCCGGCGGAGCGCGGGGGACUUGGCCUCGGUGAGAGCCGCGGCCUGGGCUUGUAAGGGGCCCUGUGGCGAUGGCAGCCUUCCGAUACCUGAAGGGAGCCUACAGGAGAGCCGGGGAAGGACUCUCUGCCAGGGAGUGGACUGACAGGACAAGGGCUGUGUGUUCAGAGGCACCCGUGCAUGAGGAGAAGUUUGUUCUAUGGCCUCAGAGCUGGGUGCCAGGGAGGAUGGCAGCUGCUCAGAGCUGGCAAAACCCCUUUAUCUGCAAUAUCUGGAGAAAGCUCUGCAACUGGAUCAGUUUUUACGACAGACGUCUGCCAUCUUUAACAGGAGUAUAUCCAGCGAUGAAAGUGAAGAUGGAUUGGAUGACAAUCCUUUGCUGCCUCAGUCUGGGGAUCCCCUGAUGCAAGUUAAGGAAGAGCCUCCAAACUCUUUGCUUGGGGAGUCUUCUGGAGCUGGGAAUUCCGGGAUGCUGAGCACACAUUCCCUGAAUGGAGUACUGCAGCCAGAACCAAAGUCUGAAAAAGGGAGCCUGUAUAACUUUUCCAAACUGAAGAAAAGCAGAAAGUGGCUGAAGAGUAUCCUUCUGAGUGAUGACUCCAGUGACACAGAUUCACCAAGUGAUGAGGACGGAGAGGAAGAAGAAGAGUUUACUCUUUCAAGGGAGGAACUUCACAAUAUGCUGCGAUUACACAAAUAUAAGAAACUACAUCAAAGUAAAUAUAGCAAAGACAAAGAGCUGCAGCAAUAUCAGUACUACAGUGCAGGACUGCUGUCUACGCAUGACCCUUACUACGAGCAGCAGCGCCACCUGAUAGGGCCCAAGAAAAGGAAGUUUAAAGAAGAGAAAAAAUUAAAAGGCAAGUUGAAAAAAGUAAAGAAAAAGAGGAGACGGGAUGAAGAACUCUCUUCAGAGGAGUCGCCACGACGCCACCAUCACCAGACCAAAGUUUUUGCCAAGUUUUCUCAUGAUACACCACCACCUGGGGCCAAGAAAAAGCAUUUGACUAUCGAACAACUUAAUGCACGUCGGCGGAAAGUGUGGCUUAGCAUUGUUAAAAAGGAAUUGCCAAAGGCAUACAAACAAAAAGCCUCAGCCCGCAACCUUUUCCUAACCAACAGCAAAAAGCUUGCCCAUCAGUGCAUGAGGGAGGUCCGUCGAGCUGCUAUCCAGGCCCAGAAAAACUGUAAGGAAACUUUACCACGAGCGCGUCGUCUUACCAAGGAGAUGCUUCUCUACUGGAAAAAGUAUGAAAAGGUGGAAAAAGAACAUCGCAAACGAGCUGAGAAAGAGGCUCUGGAGCAGCGCAAGCUGGAUGAGGAGAUGAGAGAGGCUAAGAGGCAGCAGCGAAAACUUAACUUCCUGAUCACACAAACUGAAUUAUAUGCCCAUUUUAUGAGUCGUAAACGAGAUAUUGGACAUGAUGGAAUACAGGAGGAAAUCCUACGUAAACUGGAAGACAGCUCUACCCAAAGGCAGAUUGAUAUUGGUGGAGGAGUUGUGGUCAACAUCACCCAAGAAGUUUACGAUAGUAACUAUUACAAGGCCCAAGCUCUGAAGAACGCUGAGGAUGCUUACCAGAUUCAUCAGGCCCGGACCAGAUCAUUUGAUGAAGAUGCAAAGGAGAGUCGGGCAGCUGCUUUACGGGCUGCGAACAAGUCUGGUACUGGCUUUGGAGAGAGCUACAGUUUAGCAAACCCAUCUAUCCGGGCAGGAGAAGAUAUUCCACAGCCUACUAUUUUCAAUGGAAAACUAAAAGGUUACCAACUGAAAGGCAUGAAUUGGCUGGCCAACCUAUAUGAGCAGGGUAUCAAUGGAAUCCUGGCAGAUGAAAUGGGUCUGGGUAAAACAGUACAAAGUAUUGCUCUCCUUGCACAUCUGGCUGAGAGAGAGAACAUCUGGGGACCUUUUUUAAUAAUUUCACCUGCCUCUACUCUUAACAAUUGGCACCAGGAGUUUGCCAGAUUUGUACCUAAAUUUAAGGUGCUACCUUAUUGGGGAAAUCCUCACGAUAGAAAGGUGAUCAGGAAGUUCUGGAGUCAGAAGACAUUAUACACUCAGGAUGCUCCUUUCCAUGUGGUGAUCACCAGUUAUCAGCUGGUAGUACAGGAUGUGAAGUAUUUCCAGCGAGUGAAGUGGCAAUAUAUGGUGCUGGAUGAAGCUCAAGCACUCAAGAGUAGCUCCAGUGUUCGUUGGAAGAUCCUACUACAGUUCCAGUGUCGAAAUAGAUUGUUGUUGACUGGGACCCCAAUCCAGAACACAAUGGCUGAGCUGUGGGCCCUGCUGCAUUUUAUCAUGCCAACACUGUUUGAUUCCCAUGAAGAGUUCAACGAGUGGUUUUCUAAGGACAUAGAGAGCCAUGCAGAGAACAAAUCUGCCAUUGAUGAGAACCAGCUAUCCCGCUUGCACAUGAUUCUGAAGCCUUUCAUGUUGAGAAGAAUCAAGAAGGAUGUGGAAAAUGAGCUGUCAGAUAAGAUUGAAAUUCUUAUGUACUGCCAGCAGACAAGUCGACAGAAGCUGUUGUACCAAGCUCUGAAAAACAAAAUCUCUAUUGAUGACCUCCUGCAGUCCUCGAUGGGCACUACUCAGCAAGCACAGACCACCACUAGUAGUCUCAUGAACCUUGUCAUGCAGUUCAGGAAGGUGUGCAAUCACCCAGAGCUGUUUGAGCGGCAAGAAACUUGGUCUCCAUUUCACAUCUCCCUAAAGCCAUACCAGAUUUCGAAGUUCAUCUACCGUCAUGGACAGAUCAGGGUCUUUAACCACUCACGGGACAGGUGGUUACGGGUUUUACUUUCGCCAUUUGCACCAGACCACAUCCAGCAGUCUCUCUUUCAUAGGAAGGGCAUCAAUGAAGAAAGCUGUUUUUCUUUUCUCCGAUUUAUUGAUGUCUCUCCAGCAGAAAUGGCAAACCUCAUGAAUCAGGGACAUUUAGCCAGGUGGUUAGCUCUUUUCCUGUCUCUGAAGGCAUCCUACAGGCUCCAUCACAUGCGCUCCUGGGCGGAGAGCGAAGGGGAGAAACAGCAGGGGUCAUGCUGUCUGAGGAACAGGGAUUUCCUGCUUGAUGUAAAUUUCCCGCUGUCUUUCCCUAACUUGCACAGCUGCACUUUGCUGCAGGGUAUCAAUGGAAUCCUGGCAGAUGAAAUGGGUCUGGGUAAAACAGUACAAAGUAUUGCUCUCCUUGCACAUCUGGCUGAGAGAGAGAACAUCUGGGGACCUUUUUUAAUAAUUUCACCUGCCUCUACUCUUAACAACUGGCACCAGGAGUUUGCCAGAUUUGUACCUAAAUUUAAGGUGCUACCUUAUUGGGGAAAUCCUCACGAUAGAAAGGUGAUCAGGAAGUUCUGGAGUCAGAAGACAUUAUACACUCAGGAUGCUCCUUUCCAUGUGGUGAUCACCAGUUAUCAGCUGGUAGUACAGGAUGUGAAGUAUUUCCAGCGAGUGAAGUGGCAAUAUAUGGUGCUGGAUGAAGCUCAAGCACUCAAGAGUAGCUCCAGUGUUCGUUGGAAGAUCCUACUACAGUUCCAGUGUCGAAAUAGAUUGUUGUUGACUGGGACCCCAAUCCAGAACACAAUGGCUGAGCUGUGGGCCCUGCUGCAUUUUAUCAUGCCAACACUGUUUGAUUCCCAUGAAGAGUUCAACGAGUGGUUUUCUAAGGACAUAGAGAGCCAUGCAGAGAACAAAUCUGCCAUUGAUGAGAACCAGCUAUCCCGCUUGCACAUGAUUCUGAAGCCUUUCAUGUUGAGAAGAAUCAAGAAGGAUGUGGAAAAUGAGCUGUCAGAUAAGAUUGAAAUUCUUAUGUACUGCCAGCAGACAAGUCGACAGAAGCUGUUGUACCAAGCUCUGAAAAACAAAAUCUCUAUUGAUGACCUCCUGCAGUCCUCGAUGGGCACUACUCAGCAAGCACAGACCACCACUAGUAGUCUCAUGAACCUUGUCAUGCAGUUCAGGAAGGUGUGCAAUCACCCAGAGCUGUUUGAGCGGCAAGAAACUUGGUCUCCAUUUCACAUCUCCCUAAAGCCAUACCAGAUUUCGAAGUUCAUCUACCGUCAUGGACAGAUCAGGGUCUUUAACCACUCACGGGACAGGUGGUUACGGGUUUUACUUUCGCCAUUUGCACCAGACCACAUCCAGCAGUCUCUCUUUCAUAGGAAGGGCAUCAAUGAAGAAAGCUGUUUUUCUUUUCUCCGAUUUAUUGAUGUCUCUCCAGCAGAAAUGGCAAACCUCAUGAAUCAGGGACAUUUAGCCAGGUGGUUAGCUCUUUUCCUGUCUCUGAAGGCAUCCUACAGGCUCCAUCACAUGCGCUCCUGGGCGGAGAGCGAAGGGGAGAAACAGCAGGGGUCAUGCUGUCUGAGGAACAGGGAUUUCCUGCUUGAUGUAAAUUUCCCGCUGUCUUUCCCUAACUUGCACAGCUGCACUUUGCUGCAGGUUACAACUCCAUUGAUUCGUUUCAGGAGGAAAUAA